CCCGAGAUCCCCCGCCCCGAUCCCCAAAUCCCUCAAACCCUAGCUCGCCGGAGCCCGCGCUCUCCGGCGACUCCUCCGGCCGAUUCGUCGCGGCCGCCGUGUGAUGCGUCCGGAGCCUCGGGGCUGAGCGACCCUUCGGUUUGUUUUCGAUGGCCGCGCAGCCCCCGCCGGCGCCUCCCGCCGUGGAGGCGCGGUUCGCGGAGCUCUGCAAGGAGCUGGGAGUGGGCGAGGGCGUCGCCGGCGAGGCCGCGGCGCUGCUGGAUGAGGCGAAGGGCGCGCUCCUCGGGGCGCCUUCUGUUGGAGGCAGAUCGGCUAAGGAUGCGGAGAGGCUCUGCUUAGCAUUCGUGCUGUACUGCGCGGUGAAGCUGAAGGGGCGGAAAGAGGGCUCUGGGAUCAGACUGUGUGAGAUCUUGAAGGGCUGUAAGCUCAAGUAUGACGAUUUCUUCAAGGAAAUGCAGCAGAUUGGUCUGAAGAUUGAGAAGAUCUUAGAGAGUCGUUAUGGCCGGGACUGGGAGGGUCAUCUUGAGCUGAAGCAGUUGGAGAGUUUGGUAAAUCUGCUGGCCGAUGCAAGCAGGUUUUAUCGUAAGGCAUAUAAUGAACUGUUCUCAAGUUCAACUACUGAUCAGGAACCUGGAUCAGCAACAAACAUUCCUGACUAUUUUCUUUUCGGGUGGAAUCUCUUCUUAAUGCUUCGCUCGAGAUCACCGGAAUUGUUUAAGGACCUAGUAUCCUGCAUCCAUGGAUUGGUUGCUGUAUUGGCCAUACUUUUGAUUCAUGUGCCUGCCAAAUUUAGGAGCUUUACAAUUGAAAGCUCUUCUCACUUAAUCAAACAAAGUGAGGAAGGUGUGGAUAUUAUUGCUUCAUUAUGUCAUAACUAUCAUACUUCUGAAGAACGCUUGAAAGAAAUAAUGGACAAAUCUCACAGAGCAAUAGAGGACUUCUUCGGUGUGAAAGCACUAAGUGCUUCAAAGUGCAAAACAGAAAAUUUGGAUAAAAUAGACACAGAUGGUCUGAUGUGUUUCAAUGGUCUCAUUGAUGAGGAGAGUUUCCAGCUAAAUUUGAAAAAAUUGGAGAAACUAUGUGAUUCCAAUAGCUGGGAAUGGGAGCUUGAUUUGAAAUUAUUUUUGAGCAAUGACUACAUUCCCUCUGCUGAGAAAUCAUCUGGGGGCUCCACUAAUUUAGGAUGUUCAAAGCGUGCCUUUGAAACAUUAGCAUCACCCACAAAGACAAUAAAAAACAUGUUGACUGUCCCUUGUUCGCCUCCAUCACCUGUCAAUGGUGGUUCAGUCAAGAUUGUGCAAAUGACACCAGUAACGUCUGCCAUGACAACAGCUAAGUGGCUUCGCGAGGUCAUAUCUUCAUUGCCAGAUAAACCUUCAUCUAAGCUUCAGCAGUUGCUGUCAUCAUGUGAUAGGGAUUUGACAAAUGAUGUGACAAAAAGGGUCAGCAUAGUUUUGGAAGCAAUUUUCCCGACAAAGUCUGCUGCAGAUCGGGGUGGUUCGAUAGGCCUCAAUUGUGCAAAUGCAUUUGAUGUCCCUUGGGCAGAAGCAAGAAAAAUGGAAGCCUCCAAGUUGUACUAUAGGGUAUUGGAGGCAAUCUGCAGAGCUGAGUCACAGAACAGUAGUGUAAAUAAUCUAACUCCAUUGCUGUCAAACGAGCGUUUUCACCGAUGUUUGAUUGCAUGUUCAGCUGAGCUAGUAUUGGCAACACAUAAGACAGUAAUCAUGAUGUUUCCUGCUGUUCUGGAGAGUACUGGUCUAACUGCAUUUGAUUUGAGCAAAAUAAUCGAGAACUUUGUGAGACAUGAAGAGACCCUUCCAAGAGAAUUGAAAAGACACUUAAAUUCUUUAGAAGAACAACUUUUGGAAAGCAUGGCCUGGGAGAAAGGUUCAUCAUUGUAUAACUCACUGAUUGUUGCCAGGCCAUCUCUUGCUUCAGAAAUAAAUCGUCUUGGUCUUUUGGCUGAACCAAUGCCAUCUCUUGACGAGUUAGUGGCAAGGCAAAAUGUUCUUGUCGAGGGCUUACCAGCUACACCAUCUAAGAAACGUGCUGCUGCGCCAGAUGACAACACUGAUCCUCGAUCGCCAAAGAGACUGUGCAAUGAAUCCAGGAACACAGUAGUAGAGCGCAAUUUGCAGACGCCACCACCCAAGCAAAGCCACAUUGUAUCCGCUAACUUGAAAGCAAAAUGCCAUCCACUCCAGUCCACGUUUGCAAGUCCAACUGUAAGUAACCCUGUUGGUGGGAAUGACAAAUGUGUUGACAUAACGGUUCAGAUAUUCUUUUCUAAAAUUCUGAAGUUGGCUGCUAUUAGAAUAAGGAACUUGUGUGAAAGGAUCCAAUAUGUGGAACAGACAGAGCGUGUCUAUAAUGUGUUCAAGCAGAUCCUUGAUCAACAGGCAGCAUUGUUUUUUAAUCGACACAUUGAUCAAAUUAUUCUUUGCUGCCUUUAUGGUGUUGCAAAGGUUUGUCAAUUAGAACUGUCAUUCAGGGAGAUACUCAACAAUUACAAGAGAGAGCCACAAUGCAAACCAGAAGUUUUUUUGAGUAUCUAUGUUGGGACUAGGAAUCGCAAUGGGAUACUAGGAUCACACCAUGUUGAUAUCAUUACUUUUUACAAUGAAGUGUUUGUUCCAGCAGCCAAGCCUUUCCUGGUGUCAUUAAUCGCUUCUGGUACUCGUCCAGAAGACAAGAAUCCUAAUAGUCAAAUUUCUGGAUCACCCAAGCCAUCUCCUUUCCCAAAUUUACCGGACAUGUCCCCCAAGAAAGUUUCUUCUUCUCAUAAUGUUUAUGUGUCUCCUUUGCGGCAAACCAAGAAGGAUCUGCUGCUUUCACCAAGUUCCAGGAGUUUUUAUGCAUGCAUUGGUGAAGGCACCCAUGCUUAUCAGAGCCCAUCGAAAGAUUUAGCUGCUAUAAAUAGCCGCCUAAACUAUAAUGGCCGGAGGAUAAACACUCGAAUAAACUUCGACAUGGUGAGCGACUCAGUGUUAGCUGGUAGUCUGGGCCAGACAAAUGGUGGUUCUACCUCCUUGGAUCCUGCAGCUGCAUUUAGCCUCCCAUCAAAGAAGAGAAAACCAGAUACUUGAUCAAAUAAAAUGUCAACCUCUCUCUGUACAUAGCUCACAAUUCCACAGAAGGAUUUCUUCUGAAUAAGUGGGUUAAGUGGAGUGCUUUAACUGUACAUGUAUGUGUUAGUGAGUAGUAGAAGUUUACAUGCAGCAGACUUUCUGAUUAGCUUUGAGGUUGUAUCAUUGUUUGCCUGCUGAUUGAACGCAUUAAAUUGUAACAUCUGCAGUGUAGAAUGCUAAUGAAGCUUAUAGUUUUCAGUGAAUUGACCCGCAUUUCAUGUACCAAAUCUCUAUCCUUGCUCUUGCAAGGUUUUGGUCAGGGGUAUAUUUGAUUCAGAUAUUACUGCACUUGAUUUUCAAAUGUUUCAGUAGGAUCUCCAAACCUAAAUAAUUUUCCUGACUAGGAAUAAUAUUAGUCACAAGUACUAGUUGGUUCUUCAGACAGUUUACUAUUUGAAUCGUUUAGUUUCUCCUUUGCAAAUUGCAAGUACUUUAUCUGUUUCUGCUAUUUUGUACCGUGCACUUCCAGCUUCUCCAAAGAGUAAUUGUUCCAUAUUCAGUGCAUGGCAAAUGAUUUUACAUGUGGAUUCUCCUUCAGGUAUGUCUCAGUGUGAUGAGGUGUGUGUGUGUGUGUGUGUGUGUGUUUGUGAGAGGGAGAGGGAGAUUUUGGGUGAAAUUGCUUUUGUGGUGAUGUAACAGUACUGUUGACUCCAUUGCUCGAAUACAAUCAACCUUUUUCUUUGACUUGCACAUCCAGAAUGAUUGGUUUUGCAUCACUCUAGGGACAUAAGGGGCAAGUUACACUUGAAAAAUUUGCACUUAGUUCAGAAGGCGGAAACAUUUGAUAAAUGAAUGUGAAAUUUGUUAGAUUCUUUCAUUUAAUUAUUCCUCAGCAACAUUGAACAGUUGUGAAUCAAAUCUCCAACAAGAUAGAUGUUCAUUUGGUUAUUCCAACAAAUCUGACAUUGAAUUUGUUUAUGCAGGUGAGAUGAUAAGGAAAGCCUCAAACAUCGUUACCAUUUAAAUCAUUGGCUCCUGGAAGUUCAGAUGAUAAGCAAAGCUACUCCACCCCAUUCAGCUACAUCUGUCAGACUGUCACCGCUAUAUACAAUAGGGCCCAGCAGCUCCCCCAAUGGCAUUAGUUGCUCUUAAACACUCCUAAAACUAAUUCAGCAAUUGCGUCUGAUUGUAUUGAAAAAGACUACGAGCCUCCCCUUCUGGUACCUUUGUAUACACACGAGUUGUUGACAUGGAUUCAAGUCUGCAUAAUGGCAGAUGGCUGCAGCUGUAGAAUGAGAUCGUCCCAUUACUUUAUUAUCUGACUGCUCAGAGCAUGAUUCAAGCAGCUCUGUGACCUGGGGUGCAAACAUGGAAGCCCUGCAAGCACUAUGCAGGCCACAGCUGUUCUGUUUGCUCUUGUCCGUGAACUUGAAGAUCUAUUUUCGCUGUGGUGUUGCCAAGAUAAAAGCCAUUUUUCAGGUGUUGUCUCCACCCUGACAUAUUGGCACAUUAGUGGUUGGUCAGAGUCAUGGUGCGUAAGUCUCGGAGCAGAAGUCAUUGCUACAACAAUGGGAGUUUCAGACAAUACUCAAAAGAGAGCUGCUUGUUGCUAGGAAAUGAAUGGGAUAUGGGGAUCGGUUGAUCAAAUUCAGUUCUCUGUAUACAAGCAGCAGAAUUUGGAAUUAGCUUUGAGAUGUAUCAUUUCAUCCCUCAGCUGAUUGAAUGAGUUGUAACAUCUGAGCUGUGUAGAAUGCUAACUAACCUUAAUUUUCACUGAAUAAUUCGCUA